GAAAAUCCCAGAAGGUGACUCACAAGUGAACUUUGCCUAUAUAAUUAUGGGGUUCGCCACUGAGUUCAGUUGUCCUAAUGGGCACAAUGCACUGCUGCGCCUACAAGACUCUGAGCUGAAACUAAUGGAAUCACUAAGAAAGUGGAUAAUACAGAGAGCCAAGAGUGACAAGGAGUAUGCAUCACAGCUUCACCAGAUGUUCACCAUGAUAGAAAAGGUGGAGCAGGCCCCCAUUCCUGGCCUGGCAGAAUACUCCAGUCAGCUGAGCCAGACCUGGUCCACAAUGGUCACUCAGACAGACAACCUGAGUCACAUGUUACGGAAUCAUUCAGACACUUUGCAUUCCGGACCCUUGAAGAAGCUCUCUGACCUCAUUCGGGAAAAACAGCAGCUGAAAAAGUCAUAUGGUGAACAGUGGCAGCUUCUCAACCAGGAUUAUGUGAAGACAACACAACAGGAGAUAGAAAAUCUGAAGAGUCAGUACCGCACUAAAGUAAAAGAUACGUUACAAGCCAAAAGAAAGUACCUGGAUGCAAGUAAAGACAAGGAUCGUGACAAAGCAAAGGAGAAAUAUGUGAAGAACACCUGGAAGCUCCACACACUCCACAAUCAAUAUAUCUUGGCCAUCAAGGCAGCCAGACUGCACAACGAGCACCACCACACUUUGAGCCUGCCCAACCUGCAUGAAUCAUUGCAGUGCCUCCAUGAAAAGAUGGUGGUGACCCUCAAAACCAUUAUGCAAGAAUACCAUGAUAUUACAAGUCUGGUGCAAGAGGAAAUAGCAGCUGUUCACAAGGAAAUAGUUAGUGCCAUUUCAAGUAUCAACCCUGCCAGAGAAUAUGAAUAUUUCAUCCAGUUGAACAGGUCAACAGCGAGCAUGCCACCUAUUGUAAGCUUUGACACAAGCUUACUGGAAGAAGCAGACAACCUUGAGGAAGAGGAAUUUCAACUGAAUGACCUGACGAUAGAGAAUGUGCAGCAUACAUUGACUUCACUGGAAGAAGGACUGGCCACAGUCUCAGAGGCAGUUAUUAGUAAGCAAGAAGCAAUGAAACAGCUUCAAAGCGAUAUCGCACAUGAAGAAAAGCGUUAUGGAGACCAGAUUAAUCUGCUAGCCAAAUGUCAGUCUCUUCAGGAUGCCAUUGUGCAGUAUCAAAUGUCUGUAUGCAGCAAGAUGAAGCUGCAAGGCCAGCGAGACAUGCUGAAGAAGAAGAUGAAUGAGCUUGGAUCACGAGAUCCUCCUCCGGCACUUCAGUUGCAGGAUGAUGGCCUGUCCAUCUCUUCCAUUGAAAAGGAAAGUGGAAGAAAUCAAACCCUUGAAAUUAUAAAAAAUCACAUAUCUGGGAUUUUUCGGCCAAAAAUUUCCCUUCCUCCUCUUGUACCGUUGAUUCCCGAUGUCCAGAAGCCACUCGCACAGCAGAGCUGGUACCAUGGUGCUAUUCCACGGACUGAAGUCCAAGGACUGCUAACAAACAAUGGGGACUUUCUCGUUCGUGAGAGUCAGGGGAAGCAAGAAUAUGUACUCUCUGUACUGUGGGAUGGACAGCCAAGGCAUUUCAUCAUUCAGUGUGUAGAUAACAUGUACAGGCUGGAAGGGGAAGGCUUUGCAAACAUCCCUUUUCUGAUUGACCAUUUUCUGAAGACCAAACAAGUGGUCACCAAGAAGAGUGGUGUUAUCCUUAAUAAAACCAUUGUAAAGGACAAAUGGGUAUUGGAACAUGAAGAAGUCAUCCUUGGAGAAAGAAUUGGUCGGGGUAAUUUCGGAGAGGUGUUCAGCGGGCGCCUUCGUGCUGACAACACUCCCAUUGCGGUUAAAACUUGCCGGGAGACUUUGCCGCCAGAUUUGAAGGACAAGUUUCUUUUGGAAGCUAGGAUUCUGAAGCAAUAUAGUCACCCUAACAUUGUCAAACUAAUUGGAGUCUGCACACAGAAGCAUCCCAUUUACAUUGUCAUGGAGCUAGUACAAGGUGGCGAUUUCCUAACAUUUUUGCGGAAUGAAGGAAACAGACUGAAGAUGAAGGAGCUUAUCAGGAUGUCAGAAAAUGCCGCUGCUGGGAUGGAAUACUUGGAGAGUAAACAUUGUAUUCACAGAGAUCUUGCUGCACGUAACUGUCUUGUGACUGAGAAAAAUGUUAUCAAGAUAAGCGACUUUGGCAUGUCAAGAGAGGAGGUUGACGGAGUGUAUUCAUCCACUGGGGGGAUGAAGCAGAUUCCAGUGAAAUGGACAGCACCAGAGGCCCUUAACUAUGGCCGGUACAGUUCAGAAAGUGAUGUGUGGAGUUUUGGCAUUCUGCUCUGGGAAGCGUUCUCUCUUGGGUCCGUUCCAUACACAAGUAUGAAUAACCAGCAAACCAGAGAAACUAUAGAACAGGGGAGCCGUCUGCCAGCUCCAGACAAUUGUCCCGAGGAUAUUUAUCAACUGAUGCUGCGCUGCUGGGAAUAUGAACCCAGGAAACGUCCAAACUUCAGCAUUGUGAACCAGGAACUCAUCAGUAUCCGAAAGAGACAUCGAUAACUCCUGCUGAUUUUAAUGUAUGUUCUGCCACCCAGGGCAGGUGCCCAAGGCAGGUCUUAUUUAUCAUCUUACUAUCUGUGUGAUGCACAUGUUGAUCGGGCCCAGGGGAUGUAACACAAUUAUCAAUGGAGCAGGACCACUGCAGAUAGUACAACAGUCAUAUCUCUCAUUCUCCAGACUCCAAUAGACAUUUCUCUUUCUUCCUAACAAGCAAUGAGGCUUAUUUAAUCAGACAAAGAGUGAAAUGCAGGUUACAGUAAUCUUUGUCAACUGACCGGAUUCCA